GCCUGUGGUGUAGCUGGUGGUGUGUAUAUAAGUGUGAGGUGUUCCGUCCAGCAGACAUCUACCUUGCCACGCUGAGUGCACCGCCUCACCGCAUCAAAGCACUGCAAGCUUACAUUCGCGCUGACAACAUGAAGCUACUGGUGCUCGCCUGCCUGCUGGCCGUGGCCGCCGCCCGCCCCGAGAAGGACAGCGUCAUCCUGAAGGACGAGCGCAGCGACAGUGGCGACGGCAACUUCUACUACAGCUUCGAGACGAGCAACGGCAUCGAAAAGACCAAGACCGGCACGCCCGGCUCUGCGGGCCAGAGCAACAUGGACGGCUCCUUCAGCUUCACCCUCCCCGACGGCACCAUCGCCACCUUCACCUACGUGGCGGACGAGAGUGGUUACCGCGUCGAGUCGCCGCUGCUGCCGCCCGUCCCGGAGUACGUGCGGAAGCAGAUCGCCUUCGCCGAGGAGGAGCGCGCCCGCGGCAUCGUCCACAAAUAACAAGCAUGCAGCCUCCCCCUUGAAUAUCCUGCCACUUUUGUACAUAACAUCUGCCAGCCCCAGGCUAACUUAGGUCGGACCCCACGCUCCUGGACACAGUCAUGUUAUCACGCCUUUCCCAAAUAAAGAGCAACACAA